CCGGAAGGGAGGGGGGCCUGUCUGCUUGCGAGUUCGGAUCCGAGCCGCCGGUGUUUGUUAUGGCAGCGAACUAGGAAGAGGGCGACGACCAGCUCCAACCAACACAACGAAACGAAACGAGAGGCGCUUCACGGGUUUUUAUGUGUAUUUUAGCUUAGUUCACUAGUACUAAACGUCUGUCGGAUAUGAUAUUUUUCAAAUUAUUUAUCAUUUUUUGCUACCUGCGGGAUAUUAGAGGCCAGUUUGAAAAGCCGUUGAACAAAUAUAUUCGCCAUUAUGAGGGUUUGUCAUAUGACACAGAAGCUCUGCACAGCAGUCAUCAGAGAGCCAAAAGGGCACUUCAUCCGCAAGACAAGACGGUUCACUUGGACUUCAAGGCUCAUGGGAGACAUUUUAACUUGCGGCUAAAGAGAGAUACAAAGCUCUUUUCUCCGGAUCUCGUCAUUGAGGUGUCAGGACAAGAGGAACCCAUCGACACGUCACAUAUUUACAGUGGAGAAAUCUUCGGUGAACAGGGGACUCUGACUCACGGCUCGGUGGUUGACGGACGAUUUGAAGGAUUUAUUAAAACCCACCAAGGAACGUUUUAUGUCGAACCCUCAGAGAGGUAUCUGGAGCACAGCAAUGUGCCGUUCCACUCCGUCAUCUAUCAUGAAGAUGAUAUUCAUUAUCCUCAUAAGUACGGCUCAGAGGGAGGCUGUGCUGACCACUCUGUGUUUGAAAGGAUGAAGAAGUACCAGGCGUCUGCAGUCGAAGAGCCGAGCAAUGAUGUAAGCAGGGUGACAGAAGACGAUGACGCUUAUGGUCCAGUUAUUCUGAGGAAAAAGAGGGCAGCUGGGAAGGACAAAAACACCUGCCAGCUCUACAUCCAGACUGACCACUUCUUCCAUGCUUACUACGGCUCCAGGGAGGCCGUCAUCGCCCAGAUCUCCAGCCAUGUGAAGGCUAUUGACUCCAUUUACCAGGACACAGACUUCUUGGGCAUCCGAAACAUCAACUUCAUGGUUAAAAGGAUCAGGAUCAAUACCACAGCCGAUACCAAGGAAACCACUAAUCCAUUUCGCUUUUCUAAUAUUGGCGUGGAAAAAUUUCUGGAGCUGAACUCUGAGCAGAACCACGACGACUACUGCCUGGCCUACCUCUUCACCGACAGGGACUUUGAUGACGGCGUGCUCGGGUUGGCUUGGGUCGGCGCUCCUUCAGGAAGCUCUGGAGGCAUUUGUGAAAAAAGCAAGCACUAUUCUGAUGGGAAGAUGAAAUCUCUCAACACCGGUAUCAUCACUGUGCAGAACUAUGCUUCACAUGUCCCGCCUAAAGUGUCACACAUCACCUUCGCACAUGAAGUUGGACACAACUUUGGCUCUCCCCAUGACUCUGGGAAUGAGUGCACCCCUGGAGAAUCCAAGGAGAAGAUUAAGAAGGAGUCGGGAAACUUCAUCAUGUACGCCAGAGCCACAUCUGGGGACAAACUAAACAAUAACAGGUUCUCCAUCUGCAGUAUUCGGAAUAUAAGUGCAGUUCUGUUGAAGAAGAAAGAUUCCUGCUUUGUUGAGUCUGGUCAGCCUAUCUGUGGUAAUGGACUGGUGGAAGAGGGAGAGCAGUGCGACUGCGGCUACCGCAAUGACUGUAAGGACGAGUGCUGCUAUAAUGCCGACGAAGAGGUGGGGAAAAAGUGCAAACUUAAACCUGACAAAAUCUGCAGUCCAAGCCAAGGCCCGUGUUGUACAACCAAAUGUGCUUUUAAGGGUUCCAGUGAGAGUUGCAGAACGGAAUCUGAAUGUGCUAAAACAGGCUUUUGCAACGGACGCACUGCAGUGUGUCCAACCUCAGAGCCAAAGGAAAACAAAACCACCUGCCACGAGGAAACACAAGUUUGCAUCAAUGGGAUCUGCUCUGGUUCUAUUUGUAUGAAGUACGAUCUGGAAGUGUGCACCUGCGCCAGCAAAGACGACAAGAACGAAGCAGCUGAGCUCUGCCAUGUUUGCUGCCAGGAAAAAAACGAUGCCAGCACCUGCAGCAGCACCGGUUCAGAUAGAUGGGCUAAAUUCUUUAAUAAAGAAGUGAAAACGCUGCAGCCCGGCUCACCCUGCAACGACUUUAAAGGAUACUGUGACGUCUUCAAGAAGUGCCGACUGGUGGACGCCGACGGGCCGCUGGCCAGGCUGAAGAAAGCGUUUUUAAACCCAGAGCUGUAUGAGAACAUCGCAGAUUGGAUUGUGGCUCACUGGUGGGCUGUGCUAUUGAUGGGAAUUGCUCUCAUUAUGCUGAUGGCGGGUUUCAUCAAGAUCUGCAGUGUUCACACACCCAGCAACAACCCCAAACUUCCUGAACAUAAACACCUCACAGAUACACUAAGAAUAAACAGAGGUCAACGACAACAGCAACGGCAACGGCCACCUCGAAGUCAGCUUUACCAACAAGGGUCCGGAGAUCAGGUUCUGAUGCAACCGCUGAGGCGCUGAGACGACGCUCUGCUCUUUGCCUUUGUUCUUAGUGCCUACAACAGGAGCACUUUACUCCAAAGAGUUACCUUCACCACAAAAAAUAAAAUUUCCAAGAACUUUGAACCGAAGAUGUUUUAUUGUGGGGGCUGCUGUCUUCCCCCUCCUCCACUCUGAGAGCCAGUUUAAUAAUGGUUCACAAAGCUUUUAUAGGAAACUAAUCUUUCAAGGAGGGACAUGGGGAAGUUUGCCGUUGUUUUUCCACAUGGUCUUAAUUAUCUUGCUUUGUUUCUUUGAAAGAUUUUUUUCUCAUCUUUUAUGAGAACAGAUGGUUAUGAGAAUAUGAUUUUGUUAGUGUGGCCUUGAUUUUUUUUUGUAUGUUUUUUUUCUCGCCGGUCUGCAAUUGUGUCUGUCCUGCAUCUUUUCCAUCCUCAGCAUGAUGGCAGCUGAAUGUCGGUACAUGAGUUUUAGCUGCCGGUUUAAAAUAAUCGUAUUGACAUCAUUGCUGGAGGAUUUCUUUCUUUCAAACCAAAUACAUUUGAUUUCUAAUGCAAGCAUCUUAAUUGUUUGGUGUAGAGUUUUUUCCCCUUAUUUCCGAGAAAAAAUAUUUCUUAGGGGAUCUAAGUUGUCUACUGUUCUAAUUCACUUUCUCAGGAUUACUAAUAGCGCUCAAGUGUAAAGAUGGUUGCAUGCAAAUUUUAGAAAAAGUUGCAUGAAAACAUGGAGUCGCCUCUAAUCUGAGGGUUAGACUUUGGAGCCUGUUUUGCACUUGCUUUUGUACACAGAACUGAAAUAGUUUGAGAAACUUGUUUUUUAUUCAACAGAUUGUUCCACGGUUUUACUAAAUCAUAGUAAAUCCAUCAUUCAUCUCUAGUAAGUUAGUCAGCUGUUAAAGAAAAAGGCCAAAUAAAACCACCUGAAACCAGUCGGUUCAGCUCUUUGGUUUGAAUGUAAAUGAGAAUUUUUCUUUCUUUUAGUGAAAUAUAUUGCAGUUCAGAUGACUUUGUACAUAUGGACGAACUGAGUCUGAUAGGGGGUAGAUUGUGAAUUUUAAUCGCUUUGGCGCUGCUGUUAUGUGAGAGCGAACAAUCAGUAUGUCUUCUGCUAAUCUCCUUUUGUUUUUUUCUGCUUUACUCUGCGGUUUUCAUCUGAAAAGCUUUAUUGUCCUCUUUGCACCGUCUUGGUUUGUGUAACUGCUUGAAAAUGUGCCUACGUUAAGCAGCAUGACUAAAGUUGCAUGACUGCUAAACAUGAACUGCUGAAAUUCAAAGGUUUGAAAAUAUUUGAGAAUGUGGUAUACAUAUGCUUUUUUUUUUUUUUUUUUUUAGCCAAAUCUUUAACUCCUUUUGAUUUUCAGAUUCUCUUGUAACGUCAUUUUAAAUCCCAAGUUGAACUUCAGUGGUCCUCAUUCAGGAUGUACUUCAUAUCGCCUUUAAAGAGAUGAGCGAGGCCACUGAAAAUGGCUGAAUCUUUGGUUUGAGGUGGGGCUGAAACGUAAAGAGCGUUGCUGUCCGGAGAACUGCUGCAACCCAAAGUUGUUUCUCGUAUGCAAAGAGCCAGGUUCUCACUGAUCAGCCUAUGCAGAGAAUCAGAGUUCAUCAGUGAACAAGCUGGCCUCAUCACAGAGAAAUGCCUUCUAUGUUUCCUCCCAAAUCAGAACACAUGAAAGGUUUUCAUACAGACGUUGGAAAAAAAAAGCUUACAAGUCGACAAAAAACUUUUCUUUUUUUUUUUUACUUACUGCCUAGCUUUUGGUGCUGAUGGUGUUUUUUUUAUUAUAUUCAAACUUUUAUGGGUGUAUUCUUUUUUUUUCCUAUGUUAAAGCAGUAUGAUAUGGGUGAUCCUCAGUGAGUUGAUGUCUCUGGGAAAUGUGUUUAUUCCUUGUGAUGUGAAAAUGUGCACUGUCAUAAAAGCAACCGAAUCCAACAAAGGUAAAGAUUCAGAGCUGUGGUCUGAUUUUAAUGCCUCUUGUCUUUUUAUACCACGUUUCGGUGCAGUUCUUCUUGUUCCGUAUCCCGUCUGGCUUACUUUGAACAUUUUACAAAGUUGCAAGAAAUGUGCAAAAACCUAAUUUCUUUACAACUACUUGAAAUAAAGUAAUAAACUAAAACUAAUCAAAAUGCUUUUUGAUGUGUUUGAAAGAAAACAAAGUGUGAUUAAAUUGUAUACACGGUUUUUAUAUUGGAGAAGUAUUCAAUGUGUCACAGUUCAACCAUGACUGUUGGCCACUAGAGGGAGCUGCUGACUCAAGUUACCAAGAAAUCACAAGGGGAUUAAGUAAGAGCCAUUUCAUUCUUCUGUUUCCGUAAUCUGUCACCUGUGAAGCUUUUAUAGCUCGUUAAUUUUUUCUCCACCUGAAAUCUGUAUUUACUGUUGGACCUUUGAGUCUCAAACUGGCUGCUGAACUUGCUCAGAAAGUUAAUGAUCCAGUCAAAGUCUGCAUUGGAAAAUAUGUUCGGGGAAGUUGAGAUGAGACUUUUACACCUAAGACCAUUGUUCCAGUUUUCAAGCACGGUGGUGGUGGCAUCAUGGCGAGGGUCUACUUUACUGCUAGUCAUACUGAGAAGAGGAAAAAAACUUAUACAUUCUUCAACUUAAUACAUUUACAUCAACUUGCUUGAAACCUGGACCAAACUGGGUGUUCUAACAGGAAAGUGAUCCUUAACCUUUUAAAACUUGUUAGGGGUGGGUAAAGCACCGUAGACUGAUGCUAGGAAGCUUAAAGGGGACGUAUUAUUCAAAAUUCAUUUUUGAACAUUUUUGCUCCAUUUGGAUCUCGGCUCUUUCUGGAAAAAGUCCAAAUGCUUUACAUUUUUUUAAGUUAUAAGUUUGUAACUUGUAACUUUGUGUCUGGAAAAGCAGCCGUUUCAUAAAUAUCCCAAUUAUUGAGUCAAAAUCACCGGACACUGCACCGGUGUUCUAACCAUCUGUGCUCUUUUGCCUGCUCGUUUGCUUCGGAUCACUAAAAAGAGUCGGCUCUUUCGUCUCCAAAACGGCUCAUAAGAUUUUUUUUUUUUUUGCUCCUUAAUAUAUUAGAAAAAUGUUGCAAAAUGAAUGAGAUCGGCUCAUAGUCGGAAAUAGCUAUAUUUAACAGCUCUUCUUUUGGGUCAGCGUAAAGUGAAAUGUGCAUUUUGAAUGUUUAAAUAUGAUAUGAGUUUAUUUGGCUUUUGGUGGAUGCAUUUACAGAUUUACCUGCGGAAAAUUGAUGAAACGGGAGCUUUUAAUUCAGAAAUCUUUCCAUUUAGUCUGAAACUUGUGUUUGUAUUGAACCAGCAAUCAGAAAACAUGAUUCUGUUACAUGACAGUUUGCUGCUCUAAAUAAAUGGGUUUUAAAUGUU